AUGCAUUUCUUACCUCGGGACGCGCUCGGUACCUCAACAGAGACGCAAUCGACAAUAGGAGGCACGGGCCCCGGCAGCGCGCGGCGCACGGGCCGCAGCUCGCGGCGCACGGCCACUAACACGCCGCCGCCCUCCUCCCUACCCGUGGCGAUUGAAAUUAGAGGUUAUUGCUUGAGGGCUAGGGUUGAAAUUUCAUUGAUAGAAUGUGAUGGUGUGUUUGCUUUCUGGCGCGACAAGCUCGCCCGGGCUGAGCUCGUAUCCUGGGCGACCGACGAACUCCCCUUUCCCCCCAUCUUGUCCAACUGUUCUUCCAUACAACAUUGUCGCCCUUAUUACAGUUGCAACAAAGACUUUUCACCGUUGUAUGCCUAA